AGGGGUGCCAAGAGGAUGGAGCCAGGCUCUUCCUGGUGGUGCCACGGAACAGGACAAGUGGCAGAAACUGAUGCGCGGCGAGCUCGACCUGAAGAUGAGGAAGAACAUCUUCACCGCGCGUGUGAGCGAGCACUGGAACAGACGGCCCACAGAGCGGUGUGGAGCCGCCCUCACCGGAGACAUCCACCAACCGCACGGGCGGCACGGCACGCCCGGGAUCGUCCCUCCCGCACGGCUCCUCCCGGAUCGUCACUUCCCGGGCUCGUCACUUCCCCGGUCCGUCACUUCCCCGCUCCCUUCCCGGGCCGGGUCCGGCCCGUCCCCCCGGACGGCGGCCGCCAUGGGGAGCCGCGGGCAGUGAAGUUUUUGUUUGCUGACCUGGCAGUUGUAUUUAAGGGAAGGGCUUUGCUUUGUGUUGGUUCUGCCACACCACCUGUAGAAAAUUAUGCCCAGGUUUUGAAGCUUUUUAAGUUGUUGCACCGAACACGGCAAGAAGUUUUUAAAAAUGAUACCAGAGCCCUUGAAGCUGCAAGACAAAAGAUAAAUGAAGAAUUCAGAAAUAACAAAGACGAGACAUCUGAGGAGAAGAUAAAUGAGCUUCUGAAAAUAGCUUCAGAUGUUGAAGUGAUUCUCAGAACUUCCGUUAUUCAGGCAGUUCAUACGGAUUCUGACAAAAUAGUGCUCAUACCCAGGAAAGAUCUUCUACAAGACAACACUCCUUACUUAGAUAAACCAACAAAAAAGCAAGAAUCCUGAGAAAAAUAUGUCCCUCUCCCCAGAAAGUUAAUAUCCUGUAAUGACAUCUCUGAAAACCAACCAACAGUGUAUCCUUGUUUUAAAGCUAAAUUUUGGAAACAGUUAAAUAUUGUUACCAGGACAACAGAGACUGAAGUCAACUCAUCGUUUUUAUUGAGUGCUGUGAUAUCAUCAUGCACUUCUUCUGUGGGAUAUACUAAUAUUUCUACAGGACUUAGAACUACACUGCUGAACUGUGUUACUUCAGCCAGGAAGGUUUCUGAUUAUGACAGCUGUCAGACAGAGAUUGUUUCCCAGCAAUCCAGAGUUUGUCAAAGCUAAAUAAAAAUUAAAUGCUGUUCUUAGUCCUGAUAGUAUUUAUUUGUAAGUUUCUUGUUAAUCAUAGGCUGCUAUGAAGUAAUGAAAAAACAUCUUGUGGCACUUGCCAUAAAAUUUAUUCUUUGCACCAAAAGCAUGAUUUCUGAAGUGGUCAUUAAUUGUACACUAAUAUGCUGAGAUUCUUGAGAGAGUUCUUAAGGGUUAUCUGAAUAAAUUAUUUUUAUUUUACAGA